AUGAUCAUCGGCCAAGAGACAAAAAAUAAUCUCGAGCACAUCUGACGGCUCGAAUGAACUGCGGAUCAUUUUCGCUCGCAGUAUGAGCACUCCGGUCUCUCGGUGAAGACUGAUUUUUUGAAGUGAUAAGUGUCCCAACAGCGGGGCAGUUCGUCUUCCGCUGUGUAUUUGAUUAAACAAGUGCCUUCUUUUACCGGUGUUCCAUUUUUAUCUGAUAAGCCAGUGCUAAGAAAAGAAUAAUGUCUGGAGACGUCCAGCCAAGGAAGCGUAAAGACAAGAAAAGGAAGAAAGAUGAUGAAGACGCUGUCAAGGAAACGCCCGGCGGCAAGCAGCCGUCGGCGGGGGCAGCUCAAGCCGCCACCCAGCCGGGCGACGUUCAGAUGCAUGUUCACAGCGAUCAUGGCACCGGUGGCCAUUGGUGUGCCAAGGUUGUGUUCUUCAUCCUGCUCGCCGGACUGGGAGCACUGAUAGGGUUGAUCCUGCUCGAGAAUCGGGGCAUUUCGGAUGUGGACACGCCCCUAUCGGAGUCACGUUACGCCGAGUACUUUAGCGGGUGGGUCGAUGAGAACCAUGAGGACGAUCAUCAUCACGAGGAUAUUUUGAAUGCGAUCAAUCAGCUGGAUGAUCACGGAGACGAUGGAGACGACAAUGGUCACGGCGAUGACGAUGGCCACGGUGACGAAGACGAGGAGCACGGAGAUGAUGACGAAAAUGGAGCUCCGUACGCCGAGGAAGAUGAUCAUGACGAUGAAAAUGGAGGCGGUGAAGAUGAUGAUGACGAUGAGGAUGAGGAACCGAUGAAGCUGGAUGAUGACGAAGUGGAGGAGAUUGUUGCCACGGAGAAGAAGGUCGCUCGACAGGAAGCGGCAGCAGCGUCUGAUGAUGAUGAUGACGACGAUGAAGGCGACAACGAUGAUGAAGAUGACAACAACAAUGACGAUACUGUUGAUAAUGAUGAUGAUGAAAAUGAUAAUGAUAAUGAAGAUGAUGACGACGAUGAUCAAGUCAACGAUGGUGAUCAGGAAGAUGAUGAUGAUGAUGAGGAUGAAGAUCAGAAUGAAGUUGACGAUCAGGUUGUUGAUGAUAAUGAUGAUGAUGAUGAUGAUGAUGCGGAUGAUGAAGAUGAUGGUGAUGAUGAUGACGAUGAUAAUGAGGCGGAACCAGCGAUUGCAACUCAAGAUGAUGACGAUGACAACGACGACAAUGACGCUCAGAGUGAUGACAAUGAUGAAGAUGAUGAUGAUCAGGGUACAGUUACUGAGGAUAAGGAAGAUGGUGAUGAUGAUAAUGACGGCGAUGAAGAUGAUGAUGAUGAAAACGAACCUGCCGCCGAUCAACAACAACAACAGCAGGACGACGACGACGACAAUGACGAUGGUGAUGAUAAGAAUGAUGCCGAUAUCAAAACAGCCGACGACGAUGAAGAUGAUGACGACAAUGAACAACCAGAUACGGCGCCAGAUGAUGGGGAUGAUGUUGACGAUGAUGUUAAGCUAGCGGAUGCAGAUGACAACGAUGCUGACGAUAAGCUGGCUGAUGUGGAUGGUGAUGAUAACGACCAGGAUGACGAUGAUGACAAUGCACCGUUCGAAGAAGAGAAUAAAUCUAAUGCUUCGAGUGAAAAAGCUAACCAAUUUUCUCAGAGUUCCGUCUUGCGUGAAGGAACAUCGGAAGAAAAUGUGAUUCCGGAGAAGCAAUUUGAUGCAGUCAAUGCACGGAAUGAACCCAACAAAGACACUGUAAUUAGUGCUGAUAUUCUUAAGAAUCAGAUGGAUGAACUGAUGGAGAAUUACAACAAAUUGGCUGAGAUGUUGGAUGUUCCAAAAGAGGAACGUAUCCAAGAAUCAGAUGCUAACAAUGCUAAGGAUGAUAAUGAUGAUGAUGACGAUGACGGUCAGCAGAAUAAUGCCGCCGACGAAGAGGAUGAGACCGAGAAAAAGGCUGACGAUGACGAUGAAGACGAUGAGGACGACGACAACGAUGACAACGUUUUCGAAAAUUUCGUCGAUAAUGAUGAUGGUGAAGAAGAAUAUCUCGCAAAAGUGAAGCAAGAACAGGAGCAACAAAUUCAACAGAAAAAGCAGCAAGAACAGGAGGAUUCUCGAGAGGAAACCUCGCUUACGAUACAGAUCUUAGUUGGUGCAGCUCUGAUCGUCGCUGCGCACCUCAUUUUGAAGCCCCCGCGUAGUUCCGCACCACAACGGCCAACGGCGCCGCCACCCAAAAGUUCGGAUCAUGCAAACGAAGCUGCUGUUAUUGCUGAUAUGAAGGAGAGGCUAACCCAAAGUGAGUGCCUCGCUGCUGCAGUUCUGAAGAAGACGGAGCAGAUCGAAUCGAUUGUCAGUCCGGCGAAGGCUUCCGAUUUGUCGAAAUUGGCUGUCGAAAAGCCCCUUGAUGCUGGAGAUGGCGAAGAAGACCAUGUCGAAAUCAUCGAGGGUCAUGUAAUACUAAUCGAAGACGAUGAAGGCGAGGAAGAGGAAUACGACGAUGGAUAUGAAGUUGAGCUGGAAGAAAUCGACGAAGAGGAAGAAGAACAGGACGAAGAUUGGGAAGAGCAGAAGCGACUGGAGGAAGAGGAACGUGAAAUUGGCUCCUUCGUACCGACCACGUUCGAAGAGUUCAGUUCAAUGUACCGUUCACCGGAAUCGAAACACGAAACCGUAACAAAACCGCAUUUACCCAUCAACGAAGCGAAAAAGACCACUAUGAUGGCAACCACUUCCCACAAGCAGUCUCCAUUGAUGAAAAAGAAACCCCCGAAGGGGGCGGUCAACAAGCUGAUCUACGGCCUGCACAAGGCACCAAUAUUUAGCGAGAAAGAGAUUCCCUCUAGGCCUAGUGCCUCAGAAACCUAUGAGGAGGAACUCGAAAGGGCGAGAAAACAGCUUGAUGAGUUGAAGAAUCCGAAGCUGGCGUUGGAACACUACGAAUCACUGUUGGACAAGCACCCGCGACUUGUGCCAGCAAUGGUUGGAAAAGCGCGUGCUCUGGAUUUGUUGGCCGAACAGCGACAAAGUAAUGCCAUUCUUGAAGAUGCGAUCGAAUCGUAUCUUGCCGUGGUGUCGCUUGGAGAUGAUGUAGACGACGAGACGCUGGUAUCUGUUGCCGAGCGAUGUAUCGAACGUGUCCGCUUUCGGGGCCAACAUAUGAAGGCGGUAGAAGUUCAUCAGGCGUUAAUACAUCGUUUCGAAGCAGAGCCGAGAUAUCGGAACCAGUUGGCGGUCACGUAUCUGCUCUCGAAUAGAUUGGCCGAAGCAAAAGCAGUCCUACAUGAAACACUUAUGCGUUGGAUUGAGGACGGAUUCGCACUGGUCCAUUAUGGGUUCGUACUGAAGAAUCUCGACAAGGAUAUGGAACAAGCGGCGCAAUAUCUUCAAGAAGGCAUCGAUACUGGUCACCCGGGUACACAGGAUGGUCGGUUUUAUUUUCACCUAGGUGACGCCUUGCAAAGAUUGGGCCGACAGCAGGAAGCUUUGGAUGUUUAUCAGAGAGCUGCGGAGAAGAAAUUAUUCCCAUCCAUGUAUCAACGAUCGCUGUACAACGUGGGUUGUCUUCAAUCGCGCCCGUUUUGGACCAUUGAACAGACAACGUUCGCUGGCCAACUGGAGCUAAUUCGUUCGCAGUGGGCUGCCAUCAGGGAUGAGGGUCUCAAACUGCUCAACUCUGUUGGCAGUUUCAGAGACGAAGCGGAGAAUCUGCGGGACACCGGCGAUUGGAAGCAGUUUGAGUUGUUCGCAAGGGGCCAACGGAUCGAGAAGAACUGUGCCAGAGCACCACUAACGUGCAAACUGGUAGAACAGUUCACGGCGGCGCGAUCCUGCAAACGAGGCCAGGUGAAGUUUAGCGUGAUGCAUCCAGGAACGCAUGUGUGGCCCCACUGUGGACCAACGAAUUGCAGAAUACGUGCCCAUCUUGGAUUGAAGGUUCCAAGCAGCACAUUCAUUCGUGUUGCAACCGAAACGAGAUCCUGGGAGAACGGUAAGUGGCUUAUUUUCGACGACAGUUUCGAACACGAAGUGUGGCACAAUGGCACCAGCACCCGGCUGGUGUUGAUAGUAGAUUUUUGGCAUCCGGAUUUGACUGACGUCCAACGGAAGUCUUUGAAUCCGAUUUAAUUGGCCAUAAGGCUCAAACAAGUGCGUGAUACAACAGAGUUAACAGAGUUUGACGAAGACGUCAAACAGUACCAAAGGCAGUAGCGUUGAAUCGAAAAUAUGUGUACAACGAUAGAAAGAAUGCAUUUUCGUUUAGGUUUUCACUUUUCUUUCGCUUCAUGACUUUUUUGGUGCAUUAUUUUCGUUAGAUUAUAGGUUUGUGAGAGCAACAUAUAAAAAAAAAGAGAGAAAGAGAAUCAUCUGUAUAUUUAAGCAGUUAUCGCUAGGAAUCGAUAGUUUAUUUUAAAGAAAUCAACACCGUGGCAAACUUUGACGACGGACAAUCAAACAGUAAUUUUCAUAUUUUUUUAUUUUUUUUUUAUGUUAAGGAGGACAACUAUAGACUUACUACAAUAAUUUGGUACAUCGGUACCGGUUUGUUAAGGUCGAAUAUCUAAUUAGGAUUUUUAAAAUAA